AUGAGCGAGAAACACGGUUUCACGGCAACUAAGAGACAAUACAAAUAUCGCUUUCCUGGUCUCAAAAACGUCAAGGAAGACGAGUGGGCGUAUAUUGAAGACGAGAUCAGGAGCCGAGACGCCCUCGGAAAGCUGUUUUUGCUUGUCUUCACGGCCAACCUCUUCUACCGGGCCGUGUCAGCCGUGGGAUUGCUCGCGUCCGAAUUGCUCGACCAGGGGUCACUAAACAGCCCUCGAGCCGGUGCCGCGUCCUCUAACAAUCUCGUCGAGAGACGGAAAGUGCUCUCAGAUCUUCUUGGAUCCCCCGCCCAAAGUUUUGCGGAGCUCGCCACACAGUUCCAGGGGUUCAUCCCUGAGCGAAGAGAAGGUGACCUUUCUGAGAAACUCGAGCGGAUCGUGGAUACCUCGUCUCCCGCUACAAGUGCACUACCAGCACUUUUUGCUCUCACCGCCUUCUUCGCAUCCAACAAUAGUCUUGACAAGACGAAAAUGGACGAAUUUCUCCGAUGGAUCAUCAAUAAUCAGUACUUAGCUUUCCUCCAACGUUUCAUACAAUUACAAAUUCCCACGGUCCAUGCUUUUACCAAAUAUGUCUUCGAAUCGGCAAUCCGCAUCAAGAGUAUUCCGGUGCUUAGCGAGCCUUUGGACCGUGGCGUGGACUUCGGAAGCGUCGCCGAGGACAUAGACUCAAUCGGCGACCAUGAUUUCACCAGACGCGUCCUUGCGAAGAUGGAUUCCAAGUACUUCAAGAAUGAUGUGGGUGGAAGGCUGUUCCAUCGAUUUGUCAGCGCUGGGCUCUUCGACUUAGCCAAGUUUCUCCUGGACAAAGGAGUCUCUGUCGAGGCCAGAGACCCCUAG